AUGGAUCUCUUCUGGAUAUUUUUUUAUGAUAACCCACAACUGUUUUACCAGUUCCUGAACAUCCCUUUUGCUCUACUGUUGUACUAUUUAGCUAGACAGGGACAUCUCUCAAUAGUCAGCAGGCAUGUUUAUUUGACGCUGGGAGGCUUCGUCCUGGCUAUCGCAACGAUGGGUCCAUACAGUGUUCUUCUGUUCUUCAGUGUUAGUCUUGCUCUUUUUCUCACUCAUUUUCUGGAGCCAGUGCACAUCUUUCGAUGGACUUUCGGACUACAGAUGUGCUGGCAAACGUUCUGGCAUUGCUACAUCCAGUUCCAACUAUAUUGGCUUCAGGAAACACCAGACUCGAGGCUUUUGUUGGCCACGUCAGCUCUGAUGUUGAUGACCCAACGUGUUUCUGCUCUGUCUCUGGAUCUUCAGGAAAGAACCGUCUUUAGAGGAUUUCAGAUGAGCACCAUUUCAUUUCUGAGUUACUUGUUUUGUUUCACGUCUCUCCUCGGAGGACCGCUUUGCAGUUUCGACACUUUUGCGGGGUCUGUUAGACAAAUGAGCCGGACUCCACCCUUGGCCACCUGUGUGGGUAAUCUCGCAUCAAAAACAUUGCAAGUUUUCCUUUUGGUUUUGAUGAAAUAUUUUCUAAAUUUGCUCCUGAAGUCUUCUUAUACCUUGCAAGGAAACAGCUGUGCUUUUCAAGAUAUAUUAGGGAUUUGGAUAUUAGCCCUGUUACUAAAAAUGAACUAUUAUGCACACUGGAAGGUAAGCGAGUGUGUUAACAACGCUGCCGGCAUGGGUCUCCGGGGAAACAAGCGAAGUGGAAAAGCAUCAUGGGACGGGUUGUCUGAUGGCAACCCAUGGGUGACGGAAAUGUCAAGCCGUCCUUCGGUGUUUGCUCGGGAGUGGAACAGAACCACAGCGGAGUGGCUUCGGAGGAUGAUCUUUCAAAGAUUCGACAGAUUCCCGUUGUUCAUGACCUUCGGGUUCUCAGCUUGGUGGCACGGCCUUCAUCCAGGACAGAUUUUGGGCUUUCUCAUGUGGGCCGCCACUGUGCAAGGUGACCACAAGUUACAUCGCUUUCUAAAACCAAAGCUAACAUCGCUGUGGAGGAAAAGGCUGUAUGUGUGUCUAAGCUGGACUUUUACUCAGCUGACCACUACAUGUGUUGUUGUUUGUGUUGAGCUACAGAGUUUAGCGUCCGUCAGACUGCUUUGUUCUUCAUAUUUCACUGUCUUUCCACUCCUGAGUGUUCUCUCCAUUAUAAUCCUGUGA